AUGAACAAUCAAGUCAUGGUCAUCGAAAACCAACCCAACAAGCCCACUCGGGUCUAUAAUAAAAUAAAAGAUCUUGAACAAUACAAAGGGUUCAUACUAGCACGUUUUAGAGCUGGAGAACGCCACAAGGCCAUUCUUCGUGCUCUCAAGAACCAAAUGGGGGUGGAUUUUGGAGAGUCUCGCCUCAAAAGAGCCCUCGAAAAAUGGGGUGCGUCGAAAGCAAAUCUUACCAAGAGCCGCAAAGCUCAUAUCCAGAAAGUCGUGAAGGAAAGAUAUCGAGUAGGGAAAGCAGACGCUCGAGUGAAGGUUACGCUCAGGGGGCGGGGCAAAAGAUUGAUUGAAGAUAAUAUUGAUGAGAUACUGAAUAUGCCGGACAGAACAGGUCUUGAACCAGAUCCCGUCGGCAUGGAAUUGUGUACUCCUACUCCAGGUGCAAGUACUGGGAGAGAGGAAAGAAAUACUCCAACUGAAGAGCAAAUUCUUGCAGCGAGGCCAAAUGAUGGCCCGGGGAGCUCUCAAGUGAGAGAUUCUGGUGACCAUCCCGAUACAACUAUCAUCGAUGACGAUAUAAAGAUUCCCUUCGGCGAAGCCAGAAAAACGAAUGAAGACGGAGAUGAGAUUGGAGACGAGGAAGAAGACGAGCAAGAGGAAGAGGAAGAAUUCAUGGCACUCGAUCAACCAGACGAAGAACUCACCAGACCCAACCCCCACAGCUCAGGGGAAACAGACGAACAGCUAAAAGAGAUCAUUACUAGAGGACUUAAAGCUCUGGGGACCCAAGAUACUGGAGAGAUAGAUAUGGAUGACGAUCUAGUGGAGUCCAUUACCAGCGAAUUCGAUAGCGAAUACGAACUUUGGGAUGAUGAUUCUGAUUACUAUUCUGACGAUGAUUCAAAAGAGGAGAUGCUCGAUUGGGAUAGCCCGAUGCUUCGAUGGUAUGCCCGACGAUACGAGCAUAAAUACGAAGCAUUUAUCUGCAACUGGGAGAAUACCGCCAACGAUAUGAUCGACAGAAUGCAAGUAUACAUAAUGAGGGGAUUUUCGCCGAAAGAAGCGAGCAAUAUGGCCUCAAGAGAAAAUGAAGAGCAACACGGGCUCCAUCUGCCAUAUGAAGUUUGCUUGAAUAUUCUUCAAGGAAACAAUAUAGACGAUCAGCAGUCAGGUCAACAGGAGGAAAAGGAAAAGGAGAAAGUGGAAGAUCCAGAUGGAGAAGACCUUAUUCUCUGUGUUGAAAGACUAUUUUUAUAUUUCGUGGCGAAUUCUGAAGAUUCAUUUGAUGAUCUCAUUGCUGUCGAUCACAAUGCCUUUACGGAGCAUAUAAUUCAUCUCCCCCGGUCCAUACUCGAAUAUGGACCUCGAAGCUUCCUCACGGCCAUCUCAAUCGACAGUGCUUUCUUUGUGUUUGCUAGUUACGAUUUCGAAUUUUUCGGGGAUCGUCUGUCACCAUUGGCCGAUCACUCAAUUAAAAUCUUCGAAGAAAUCGGAAUGGGAGACAACACAUACAUCUGGAAUUCUAGUUAUUCUAUGCUUGAUAUAUGCUCAGGGAGAGAUAGGGUAUUGGAGCGUCUAUCCCGUUGCUAUGGAGAGUCCCAUCCAAUUCUGGUCAAACAGCACAUUCAUGACGCUGAGCUGAUAGCAAGAAAUAAAAAUCCUAGCGACGGUGACAGAGAAGCUCUCGACAAGCUGGUGUCAAAGAUUGGAUACAAUGUUCAUUAUUGUUGCCAGAAUUUUGCUGCGAGCAUAGGUUUUAUCGAUAUAUUCGGGGCGUUGUGGAAUUUAGCUAGCGUUCUUUGCUCCUCAGCUGCCACGAAGCUUAAAAGCUCUUUGCAGAAUUGUCUUGCAACUUUCGAACGUCCCAUGGGGCUCCGGACUUGUGAUGAUCAAACAGACUAUCUAUCCACCGCUGUCGCAAUCUGUAUGUUUAGUUUGGGUAUCGCUUGCUCCCGUACUGGAGAUUUUGGAACAUCUUUGGAGAUACUUAUCAAAGGGCAUGGGAUAUUCGUUGAAUCCCAUGCCCUUGAAUAUUGUCACAGUAUUGUAGUGAUCUUGGAAGAUAUCUGCCAAGUAGCGGACGCCCGGGGUCCUGUCCUUUACCUAAGUCUCCAACCUGCUUUCGUGAACACCCACAAACGCCUAUCGAAAUUAACUCGAUCGGAAUAUUUGCGACAGCGGCAAAGAUUGCGAAAGUUAUGGAACAAAUACAAAGCUUAUAAGAACAGAGCUCUUCAAGAAGAGUACUCGAAAAUUAUAUCCCAUCGACCUCCGAGCCGAGCUUCAACGCCAGACCUACGAUCGUACCACUACUACGAAGCUUUGAAGGAUUGGAUGAAUAGCCAAGGAGGAGGAGAUGAUAUUAUGACGGAUGUUAAUCUCGGGGGACAAGUUAUGGAAAUGGAUGAUAUUGAAAUGGGUGCUGAUAUGACUGCUGAGAUGUCGGUUGAGCAAGAACUUCAGAUGAUAACUCAGCGGUAUAUUCAGGCGGAGGCGGCGGGGUUGGUUGAUGCUAGUGGCAGGUUUCCGUUUUAA